ACGUUAACAAAAUAUGCUAAUAUCAAUUCAAAUAUAUGGUAAUAACUCGCAGACAACUUUUCCUGAAUGCAUAGUGGUUAAAGUAUAUUGCAAAAGUAAAAGGAUUAAAUAUUAUGUAUAUCUGGCAGCAUUAAUCAUUGGCUCAAUCGGUUUCAGGCGGUAUUAACUUUGGGAUAAGAAUUUAGAUAUGAAUAAAUUGUAGUAAUUGAAAAUACUUUUGCAAUACUUGCAUUACUCAUGCGUUUAUGGGUAUUUUGAUGCCAACUAAUGAAAAGUUACAUACAGAUGCCACGUAAAGUUUCUACAAAAAUGACGGAAAAGCACACAAAUAUUUGCGCUGCUUCUGAACUGGUCGAGAUCCAACUUCCUGCUGGAUUCGCAGCUAUGGAAACUCAAGUUGCUGGUCAUACGUUUGAUACAUCUUCUUUGGGUCUUUUACAAGACAAUGGUGGUUGCGUGCUUAAGCCACUGGGCAAACCGGAAUGUGGAGAACGUGAGAAAAAUUUUUAUGAAAACCUUCAAGAAGCUGAAAAAUCAAAUGACUCAAAUGUAUUGCAGCUGCUUAGUUCAUUUGUGCCAAAAUACCAUAAAACAGUGACAUUGGUUGUUAAUAACCGUCAACACACUUUCUUGAAAAUGGAAGAUCUCACAAAAGGUAUGCGAAAACCUUGUAUAAUGGAUAUUAAAGUGGGUAAACGAACUUGGGAUCCUAUGGCAUCAGAACAAAAACGCCGUGUAGAAGAACAAAAAUAUGUACGCUGCAAACAAGUUUUAGGGCUUUGUAUUCCGGGCUUCCAGGUGUAUACGCACAAAGAUCGUAAAGUACUUCGCUUUAGCAAAGAGUACGGUAAAAAUUUGGACUCUGAUGGUUUCCGCGAGACAAUAACACGCUUCAUAAAUGCGCAAAAUGGAGUUUUUAGACCAUUGGUUUUUGAAAUAUUAAAACAGUUAUACAGAAUACGAGAAUGGUUUAAGAUGCAGACACUAUACAAUUUCUAUGCAAGUUCCUUAUUGAUAGUAUACGACUAUGAACACCUCGAAAAAUUCCUACUACCAAAUGAUUCACACCAAGGUAAUGGUAUUUCACAAUUGACAAAUGGUGAUUUAGAGAAUAAUGGCAGCGUAAACCUAAAUGCACAGGAAAGCACUGAAUAUAAAUCAAGUAAUGCACAAUGGGUAAAAGUAAAAAUGAUAGAUUUCGCACAUGUUUUUCCCACAACAAACCAAUCUUUAGAUACCAAUUAUAUUUUCGGAUUAGAAAAUCUAAUCGUGGUAUUCGAAGAACUAAUGAACCGAUAACAAAUUUAGCACAAUAAGCAUUCUAAAAUAUUUGGCAUAAAGACUUCCAAGAAGACUAUUGUUAUUUAUACCCCUCAGAUGUGGACACAAAAUUAUACCCUAGUAUGUAUAUGUAUGUACGUACAAGUCUUUUCGAACAAGUAUAGGUAUAUUAAUAUAAUUCAAUAUUGUUAAUAAAAAAGGAGAAAAGUAUUAAUGAAUAAAAAAAUAAAUUUCCUAA